UUGAUUCCCUUUUAUUUAUAUAGUGUUUUGUUUUAUGCUGCUUUUUCUUUCUCUAUCCUGAAACCACGCAGCUGUAACCAUGUCUUCCUUGCUAGCCAACGGCAUCUCGAGCUUCUCAGCACGGCCUACCACAGAUUCAACCAAGUCUCCUAGAGGGUUUUACCCAAAGCUCGAUUUCGUCAAACCCAUAACCUCAAAACCCCCAAACUCGAGGCUUACAAAGGUCAGAGCAGAUGUUGGUUUCGAUUCUCAAACCCUCACGUCCGAUCCCAGCACUUCAUCAGGUAAGUCCUAUGAUGAGAAAAUCCUGGAAAUUCUUCGAAAUCGUGAUUAUGAUAAAAAAUUUGGCUUUACUGUGGAUAUCGAUUCGUUUGCGAUACCCAAAGGGCUUUCUGAAGAGACAAUUCGUUUAAUUUCUUCUCUGAAGGAAGAACCUGAUUGGAUGGUGGAGUUUAGAUUGAAUGCUUAUGAGAAAUUUUUGAAAAUGAAAGAACCCAAAUGGUCUGAUAAUCGGUACCCGCCAAUUAAUUUCCAGGAUAUCUGUUAUUACUCUGCGCCUAAAAAGAAGUCAACUUUAAAUAGCUUAGAUGAGGCUGAUCCUGAGCUUUUAAAGUACUUUGAUAGGUUGGGUGUGCCUUUGAAUGAACGUAAUCGAUUGGCUAAUGUUGCCGUCGAUGCUGUUCUUGAUAGUGUUUCAAUUGCUACUACUCAUCGGAAGACUUUAGAAAAGGCUGGGGUCAUUUUUUGUUCGAUAUCUGAGGCAAUAAGGGAGUACCCUGAUUUAGUUAGGAAAUAUUUGGGGAGAGUUGUGCCUAGUGACGAUAACUAUUAUGCAGCUUUGAAUACAGCUGUUUUUAGUGAUGGGUCAUUCUGUUAUAUUCCAAAGGAUACGAAAUGCCCUAUGCCGAUUUCAACUUAUUUCCGGAUUAAUGCAUUGGAAACUGGGCAGUUUGAGAGAACCUUGAUUGUUGCUGAUGAGGGAAGUUUUGUGGAGUAUUUAGAAGGAUGUACGGCACCUUCUUAUGAUAGGAAUCAGCUUCAUGCUGCUGUUGUUGAGUUGUAUUGUGCUGAGGGUGCAGAGAUUAAAUACUCCACUGUGCAGAACUGGUAUGCAGGUGACGACCAAGGAAAAGGUGGGAUUUAUAAUUUUGUUACUAAGCGCGGAAUUUGUGCUGGUGAUCGAUCGAAGAUAUCUUGGACGCAAGUGGAGACAGGGUCUGCUAUAACUUGGAAGUACCCAAGUGUUGUUUUGGAGGGUGAUGACACUGUGGGAGAAUUUUACUCUGUGGCACUCACGAAUAACUAUCAGCAGGCUGACACAGGUACAAAAAUGAUACACAAGGGGAAGAAUACAAGAAGUCGGAUUAUCUCGAAGGGUAUAUCUGCUGGAAAUUCAAGAAACUGUUAUAGGGGGCUGGUUCAGGUUCAAUCAAAGGCUGAGAACGCUAAAAAUUCCUCACAAUGUGAUUCAAUGCUUAUUGGUGAUAAUGCUGCUGCAAACACCUAUCCUUACAUUCAGGUUAAGAAUCCCUCAGCUCGUGUUGAGCAUGAAGCCAGCACAUCGAAAAUAGGUGAAGAUCAGUUAUUUUACUUUCAGCAGAGGGGAAUCGAGUAUGAGAAGGCCAUGGCUGCCAUGAUUUCUGGGUUUUGCCGUGACGUUUUCAAUGAACUUCCAGAUGAGUUCGGUGCCGAGGUGAACCAACUCAUGAGUUUGAAGCUCGAGGGAUCUGUGGGUUAAGCCAUGAUGCAGGUUUUGGUCAAUUGAUGCCAUGUUGGAUAAUUAAUUACUUUUGUCAAUGAAUUCCCUAACGGUCAAGUUCUUAGGAGUCUUUUUAUGAAUGGGUAGCUAGCUUUGAUGUAUUUUGCCAUUCUCAAGGUGCUGUUUUGAACACUAAAAAUAUACAUAUUUGAGAACUAUGUA